AAGUCAGCGUUUCCAAAGCUUUUGUAAAUCCAGCAGAAAUUUUUAGUUUGGCUUAUAUAAACCAUUUACACACAACUUUACUAAAAGACAUUGUGUGUAUUCAUUGUGAACUGUGGAGCUUGCAGCCUGAUCCAAUCAGCUAAUGUUACUGCAACUAGCAAACUGAUUUGGUGAGCAGCUUUAUGAGUAAUUAACUUUAACACCAAUUGCCUUCAUAAACACUCACAUUAAUAUCAUAUGUUCUCACAUAAAGUCACACAUUUAUAUCAUAGCUAUGUCAGAUGUUAGCCUAUAGUAUGUGCUCUGCAUGUCUCUCAAUAGGGAUUAAGGGUAUAGACAAAACCUAAGCAUCCUCCUCAGCUGCUCUGAGGUCUGAAGUUUUUCCAUAUAAUAGGCUACAUUCUGCCACCACAUUAUCAGGACAUUGCUGUCUCCAUAUUGAAUUUAAUAACUGGAAAUAAGCAAGAGGUUAAAAAACUGCACAGGUCCAGAUCUCAGUGUCCUCUUAGUUAAUUAUAGACAUGGCUAUCACCUUCACAAUCACCAGAUCAUAACCCAGUUGAAGUCCAAUGGGAGAUUUUGAAGUAAUGUUAGAAAUGCUCUACACUAACAUCAACUGAGUGAAUAUCAUUUGGAAAAGUGCUGUUCAUCCCUUCAGGACAGUUCCAGACUCUUGUAGAAUCUGUCCUAAGGGUGCCCUAAAGCUGUUCUGGCAGCUCAGGGUGGCUCCAAACCUUACUAACACACUUUAUGUUGGUUGUAAUUUGUCACCCUUUUGUAAUUGGAAACAGGUGAUUUAAAUGGAAAGACUAUGUUUAAUAGACUGGAGAGGUGGAGUGUUGGACAACCCAGCUAGGAGUAGAGAUGGACUGGGACGUGACGGAAAAGAAAAAGCUCUCAAGAAAUUGUUAAGGGAUUUAACAAGGGUAUUAGUGUAGUCAUGAGUAGCAGAGGCUGUGGGGAAAUAAGGAUCCAUUUUGUUGAUCUUAAGGUAUUUCACAUUAGUUGAAUUACCUCCUUGCAAAACUGCCACAGGACUGCUGCAAGACAACAUGCCUGCUAUCUGAUUAAAUCUGCUCAGUAGAUUCCUCAGAUCAGCUAUGCAUCCACAGCUCCAGAGUUGAGUGACAACACCCGAUAUGACUACUUCUCCCGUGUGGUGCCGCCAGACUCCUACCAGGCACAGGCCAUGCUGGACAUCGUCACAGCCAUGGGUUGGAACUAUGUAUCCACUCUCGCCUCCGAGGGCAACUAUGGCGAGAGCGGCGUGGAGGCUUUCAUUCAGAUCUCUAGAGAGAUGGGUGGGGUGUGUAUCGCUCAGUCUCUAAAGAUCCCAAGGGAACCAAGGCCGGGGGAAUUUGACAAGAUAAUCAUGCGGUUGCUGGAGACCCCCAACGCCCGUGCAGUCAUCAUGUUUGCAAACGAGGAUGACAUCAGACGAGUCCUAGAUGCUGCCAAAAGGAACAACCAGACGGGGCACUUCCUGUGGGUUGGGUCAGACAGUUGGGGUUCCAAGAUCUCACCAGUGAUCCAGCAGGAGCAGGUGGCUGAGGGUGCAAUCACCAUCUUGCCAAAACGAGCUUCAGUAGAUGCCUUUGAUCGCUACUUCCGAAGCCGCUCGCUUUCCAAUAACAGGAGAAAUGUGUGGUUUGCUGAAUUUUGGGAGGAAAACUUCAACUGCAAAUUGGGCAUGCAUGGCAAGCGGCUGGGAAGCCCCAAAAAGUGCACAGGGCUGGAGAAGGUGGGCCGUGACUCCAGUUAUGAGCAGGAGGGGAAGGUUCAGUUUGUCAUGGAUGCUGUGUAUGCUAUGGCCCAUGCUCUCCACAGCAUGCACAGACACCUGUGUUUUGGCUACCCUGGCCUUUGUCCGCGCAUGAGCAACAUCAAUGGCAAAGAGUUGCUGGAGUAUAUUCGCAAAGUCAAGUUCAAUGGAAGUGCAGGGACUCCAGUUUCCUUCAAUCAAAACGGUGAUGCACCUGGACGCUAUGACAUCUUCCAGUAUCAGAUAAGCAAGAGUUCAGUGGCGGAGUAUAAAGUGAUUGGGAGCUGGACAAAUAAGCUACACCUAGAUGUGGAUGCCAUGCACUGGAGGACAGGUGACCCCAUGCUACCGCUGUCUGUGUGCAGCGUGCCGUGCCGGAUGGGUGAAAGGAAGAAGACUGUAAAGGGCGUCCCGUGUUGUUGGCACUGUGAGCGCUGUGAGGGCUACCACUACCAGGCAAAUGAGUUCAACUGUGAGAUGUGCCCAUAUGAACAGCGACCCGACCGCAACCGUACUGGCUGCCAGCCUAUUCCUAUCAUUAAGUUGGAGUGGUACUCACCCUGGGCAUCUGUGCCUGUCUUCAUCUCGGUGCUGGGCAUCCUGGCCACCAGCUUUGUGGUGCUCACAUUCAUGCGCCACAACGACACACCCAUUGUGCGGGCAUCAGGCCGUGAGAUGAGCUAUGUGCUAUUGACAGGCAUCUUCUUGUGCUACGCUAUCACCUUCUUGAUGAUUGCUACACCAACUGUUGCUGUCUGUUCUCUGCGACGCAUAUUCCUGGGCCUGGGCAUGUGCUUCAGCCACGCAGCACUGCUCACCAAGACCAACCGGAUCCAUCGUAUCUUUGAGCAGGGCAAGAAAUCUGUCGCGGCUCCACGCUUCAUCAGUCCUGCCUCACAGCUGGCGAUCACCUUUAGUCUAAUCUCUGUGCAGCUGUUUGGCGUGUUUGUGUGGUUUGCUGUUGACCCGCCUCACACAGUGGUGGACUAUGGUGAGCAGCGCACUGCUGACCCAGACAAGGCACGGGGUGUACUCAAGUGUGACAUUUCAGACCUUUCUCUCAUUUGCUCAUUGGGCUACAGCAUCCUCCUAAUGGUCACAUGCACUGUUUAUGCCAUCAAGACCCGUGGGGUGCCAGAGACCUUCAAUGAGGCCAAGCCUAUUGGAUUUACAAUGUACACAACCUGUAUCAUUUGGUUAGCUUUUAUACCCAUCUUCUUUGGGACAGCACAGUCAGCAGAGAGGAUGUACAUCCAGACCACCACUCUCACCAUCUCUCUAAGCCUAAGCGCUUCAGUAUCCCUGGGGAUGCUUUACAUGCCGAAGGUCUACAUCAUCAUCUUCCACCCAGAGCAGAAUGUGCCAAAGCGCAAGCGCAGCUUCAAGGCCAUUGUCACUGCAGCCACCAUGUCGGGUAAGCUCACCCAGAAAGGAGGUGAUCGCCCUAAUGGAGAGGUCAAGACAGAGCUCUGCGAAAGCAUGGAGACCAACACACCCUCCACCAAGACAACAUAUGUCAGCUAUACAAAUCACGCCAUCUGAGAUGGGACUGCCUCCAUGGAGGGGUGAAGCCUCUCCGAAGCAAGACAUGUCAUGUGAUCCUGACAGGCAACCAAGCAUGAGACUUUCCUGUCAUUCAGCAUAAAACUUAAAUCUAUGAGAGAAAGGGACCACUGCAUUGCACCAGGGGGGUACUACUCUGCAAUCUAGUACUACCACUUCUGUCUCACACACACACACACACACACACACACACACACACACACACACACACACACACACACACACACACACACACACACACACACACAAGAAGCACAAACACAAUCAAAGAAAAAGGAACAAACAGAGAUGCAGCCUUGCAGUUGUGGCAAAUUAAAUAGGUAAAAAAAAAAUUAAAACAUAAAAAAAGCAUCCCACUAAAAUGAGAAGAAAACAUGCUACAGUGCAAAAAGUGAUGUGAAACUGGUAUUUCCAUUGAACCUUUUGAAAUGUGAACAUAAAAAGAUGAGAUAAAUGAAAUCUACCAGAGCUGACCAUGUUUGUUGUAAUUCCUAUUGUAUGUAUUUUUGUGGAUGUGCUUUUUUUUUUUUUUUUUCAAAUUCUUGUUCUACGUUGUCUGAAACCUGCAUAACAAGAUGAGCUGUGUCUUGUAUUGGCUAAAUGGACUAUAACUGACACUGUAAGUGCCAUGAAUGACGCAUGCCAGUUUUUUUUAUACAAAAUGAUUUAUUUAUAAUAAAGGAAUGUUUUGCAAAUGUGUAGCGUUGUUAGAUGUACAUUUAAAAGCCUGAGGAUUUGUCUCUCACAAAUAGCAGUCAAAUGAAAUUCUUAAUCAUUUAGAGAGGAAACCUCAAUCAUAUUAAAAUCAGCACCAGACACACUCUUCCUUCCUUUUGAUUCUUCUUUCCUUCC